GGAGCGGCAGGGGAGGCGGUGUCUCCUUUUGUGGGGUUUCUCUUGAAUAACCCCAUAAAAGCUUCGUCCUGUCCCUGCGUCCCUGUCUUCCAAAAGCACAAAGCCGAACUUUUCCUUAGCUGCCCACUCCCCCAUUUCAGAGAAAUAAAGCUGCGGUGACACAGACCGCAGCCUGUAGCCUCCCCUCAGGAAUCUGUGCCUGUGUGGUGCUGAGGCAGCUGCUCGUCACCGCCUCAUGGGCGAACACACACAGCCUCUUCUGCCCUCGUCGAACAAUGCCUUACCAGGGACUGCUGCCUUCCAGAGAUGGAAUGAUUUCCCAAAUUAAUAGACUGUGUGACAGCGUAUAAGGGUGCACGAGGCCACUGCUCAGGCAUGGCGGUGCAGGUUUGAUGCUGUAAUGAGACAGUUAGUUCUUGCUUUGUUUAAUUCUGCAUGGAAAUAUGGCCUGUGUGGCUGUGUGCUUUGCCUGUCUGCCAGUUCUCACCCUGGCUGGCUUUAAAUGAUUGAGCUAAUUUGAACUAAACUUGACUAAAGGAUAGGGUUUUCAAAGGUACCAGUUGUUCCAGCUGUGUAAAAAUUAUUAGCUAGGUGGAGAGUAGCGUGCCCUGAGGAAUCUGUUUUCCAGGUCUGUUUGUGGCCAGGCCACACAUGCUGAACUGCCUGAGGAUAGCAGUGUCUAAAACUUAAGGUGUCCCUGGGGAACAUGCAGACAGAUCACAUCUGGGCCCUCUGAACUCAGAAAUGAAACUAAAAUGUGCCAUCACAGUAGCCCUAAAAUAGAUAUUCCCCAUCUGUACUGCAGAGUUCUUGGAAGCCUUCUUCUAUAGAAUCUAAAGCUCAACAUAUUCCACAGGUUAAUACUUUAUCAGCCUGAACUUGAGUGGGAUCCUAUAGGGCAAUUUCUGUUUUGACCUUGGGCACUACCAACAGCAAUGACAGUCUGACUAUAUCAGAAAGGGACAGAUACUUGACAUAGUCUUCCUGCUGUUUUCCAGUAUUUUCUACACUCCUUCUGGGCAGAUAGGAUGGGUGAACACCACGCAACCUUGAAAACAGGAAAAUAUAAAUUGAUACAGAAGAUACUUAAGGGGCAAAAACAAAGUAGAGCUAAUUUGCUAAUGGAUGACACAAAUUGCAGUGUUUUACUUUUUAAAUUCGUAUCUAUGAUUUUUUGUAUCCUGUUACUUCUGUUCCACCAUACUGUCAAAAAAUCAGUUCACUUUGCUUUGGUUUCAUUGCUUUCAUUGCAUAAAAGCGAUGUAUUUAAAAUAUCAUAUUAACAAACUUCUAUUCCCCGCAGCUUCGUUAAGUCUCUUUCCAUAGAAUGAAUACUUCUACCCGCCUUACUCAUCUUCUGAGAUAACUAGAUGACAAGAAGAGUGUUUCAAUUUUUUAGAGCACCUCUUAUUUUAAUUUCAACAGCAUUGCUUUGUUUGGGUAGUACUCAAUAUUUAGUGGGUUGUAGGAAAAAUACACAUCAGAAGACAGCUUUCUGAAUUAAUGAAAUCCUUUAUAUUUUAUAUACUCAAUAUUUGAGUCUAAAUUUGAGGGUUUUUUUACAUAUGCAUUAUUCAGAGUACUUUUAUUCAGAACAUUUCAGAAAUGUUCUUUGCAGUCUCAUCUGCAAGAAGAAUUUAUGGAAUAUCAUGGUGAUUGUCAAAAUGAAAUACUUCACUUUUUUAACUCGAAAGUUGAGUUGAAAAAUUGUGAUUACAAUGUAUAGAAAUAGUAAUGGCUCUAUCCAGUCUUCUUGUGGUGUAAUGAAUAGUAAAAUACACACUGAAGACACUUGACAGAUUGGCAACACAUCUGUUAUCUUUUAAGAGUACAGCAGCAAUGAUAAUAUGAACAACUCAUUUCAUUGUAUCUAGCCCAUCACUUAUUGCCAGAUCAGAAAUUUUAGGUUGUAAUGACCAAAUAGAUAGUCUAUUAAAGUCUCAAAGAUCUUGUAUUACAUAACAUUAUCUUCCCCCUAGCCCCAAUGCACAUGUAUAUAAAUAAAACAAUGAAAUAUCCAUAUCUGACUCAUGUGGUUCUGACUCAUUUUUAUAAUGAGGGUCUGAUUCAUUUUUUUAAAAUCUUCUUGGUCAAAUGAGAACAAAAUUCCUCCCCAAAGAUAAUUAAUUUACUGUUUAGAAGGUAUAUGAAAGUGGCUAUUAGGGGGUUCUUAAAACAAAAGUACCCCAACUGUAUAGAAUAAUUUCCAUGCAUGAUUUUUCUCUUAUUUUCAUUGUAGUCCAUGCAUUUUAUCUUCAGUAUGUUCAGUUGAAUCAUCCCCAUCUAUGCCAAUGUAAGAGCAAAAUAUGGCUUUCUGCAGCUUAAUGUAACAAGAAGUAAAAAGGAAAGUCAUAAUAAGAAAAGGAAACGAAUAGAUGUUAUUUUGCAUAAAGUCUGCACUAAGUUAAAAGCUAAAACAGGAAGGAAGUUACCACCACUGUGCUAGAUGGUAGCGCUUCAGUGACAUGUGCUUGCUUUUGAGAAAACCAGCAAUCUUCAAAUUAGUAUUAGGAAUAAUUACCGUGUUUAUAUUGUUACCUGAAUUUUUCAAAAUACAUGAAGCUAACACUGUAAUUGUGUCAUGCAUGGAUACCUGCUCAUCGAGUAACACCACUUUUCCCCUUUGCACUUUUAACAAUUCUUGCAAAAGAGCAGUGCAACAAAGAAGAGAAAACCAGAAUAUUUUGCUGAAGGCCAUUAUAAAUAAUUCUGAUUUCCAAAAUAUUCCAUGUAUUUGCCAGUCCUCCGGGAGGGAACAACAGUCCCAUACUAAACGCACAGAGUGUGAAUACAAGAGGGAUGUGAACGCUGAUAGUCAAGGAUCAGGGUCAGUAGCUAAAAAAGUAAGUGACCAAAAGCAAAACCUUGAAGUGAAAACAGAAGAUGUUGCUUACUUUUAUAAAUAUUUUAAUUUCUCUACAGUUUCCAAUAAAGAAGUAGAGCAUAAUACUUAUUACCUGAUGAUAAUACACAUCAACAAUUCUAUAGUCGGAGGAGGAAAUGCAGCCGAAGAACACCUAAAUCAUUCUUGUUUAAUGGCAAUGAUGGAAGACCAAAAUGACUGUAUGAAUAUUUCACUGCAACUGAAGUCUUAUGUGGAAUAUCCAAUGUGUAUGACGAAGAUCAUUUGGCUCACUAUGAUUCCAGUAGUUUUUGUGCUUACUAUUUCAACUGUCAUCUACAAAAUAAUCCAAGAAAAUAAAAACAUCUAUUAUAAACACAGAGUAGCAAUAUCAGUUUCUACUAUUCUAAGAAGAAAGAGUUACAGACAUUCAAGAAGAACCAUAUCUGCUACUAAAAUUCAUCCUUAUCCUGUGAAAACUAGCAAACAACAGAUUCCACUUACUGCACAGACCACAAAGAUACUGCCUGUAAUUCCUGAACAAGAGCAUUGUCAUGCGGAUCAACUCUAGAUUUAGAAGGUAAGUAAACAUCUUACAACUCUGAUUACUCUGUUUUGCCUUGUAUUUUUGGAAGUAAUAGUAGGCAAUAUCUGCUCAAAAUAAAUUACUACUGUGUCUAGCCAAGUAUAUGAGAUGAAAAACUGGAUAAUGUGUUUUGUAAGAUGUAGGUGGCAGGAAAAGAGAAUCAAUUUUCCUUCUGCUACCAAAAGUGAUCUAUAAUCAAAUGUGUUAGCCCAUUAAACCCUGUGUGUCCCUGCAGGUCCUGGUGCAAAUUCUGACACUUUUUUUCUGGUGUAAAGUAUUGUGUCCUACACUUCAGCAAUGUACUGACAUUUGUUUCUGACAAGGGCAGAGGGAAAAAAGCAAUUUGCAAAUGAUCUCUGAAGAAAAUCCCAUAUUUUAAAUACAUAGCUUGCUGAUGAAAUUCCCAAACUAAAGAAAUAGAUCACUCUGAUGUUCUCACACCAGUCAGAAGGAAUGACAAGAAGAUGGUUUCCACUUGGAACUAAAACUAGUCUCCCACUUCUAACUUUCUCCAGGCCUUGUGCUCCAGUAAUUGUUUCAGGAAGUCCAGAUGUAAGGAAAUAAGUCUGGAAAGAAAUGUGCACUAAGAGGUAUCUCUUCCUGAAAAUACUUGUAAUGUCUAGAAACAGAACAGAUGCUACUUGAAUAAGUAAUAUAGACAAGGUUAUGCUGCUUGAACAGAUGAUAUUACUGUGUGUGGUAAUUUUUUAGGUUCAAAGCUUAAGGAGGCUCCUUCUUUACCUUUAUUUAAAUUGGAUGGAGUUUUAUAUUGAAAACUCAAUAUUACGUCAUGCUAUCUUUUUAUUGUGUUAAAAAUAACUGAUGUACUGAAGAGCAGUUUGACUUUUUUGCUUCAUGUGGAACCAUGAAGAUGAAAUUGUACGUUGAGAGCAGAGCUAAAGAAUAAAUUUUUCAACAGCGUUGCUGACAGAAGAUGAGGUACCUCCAUAAUAAAUUAAAAACUGAGCUAAAUAAUUUUUUGGUGUUUGAGUGAGUCUGGCUGAGUCAUAGGAUGGUGUACUACAGUAAUUAAAAGUACUGACCACUUUUUAAGUGGUUGCCAUCCAUAGAUCUUAUGAGGACUUACAGAGAUGAGAAGUUGUUAUUAUUACUGUUCUAAAACGAGAAUAUCAGGAGGCACAAUGAGAUAACAUGACUUGGGAAGUCUGUGAACAUAACUGAGAGCAGCUCUCAGAUCGUCUGAGUUCAGCUGUUUGCCAUUUGGACUCAGCUUCCCAGCGAGCAGGCGUUUUGCAGGCCCCAUCAGCCUUCCUGUAGGGCAGCUUCUUCCUUUUCUCAGAGACUCCUCCCAGCCAUUUCAGUUCUAGACCUUUUUUUUUUACUGAUAUUUGUCAACUGUCUCUCUUUAUCUUCCCAUAUCCCUGUCUGCUAUGUACUUGCCCACCUUAAUUGUUUUUUUGUGAGAAGAUUUACUCUCGGGUUAAAAAUAAGACAUUUCCUAGGUUGUAAUAGGAUGCGUGACUAGGGGGGUGCUCACCUGCAUUCAGUGCCUUCAUUUAUACAGCAUUAUGGCUGAUCACUAGUGUGCUUUGUCCACCCAGGACGUCGCGUUCACCAAAACUCAUCUUUUAGAAGCUGGGAAAGAAGUCAUGGCCCAUUCCCAUGCAAAUUUAAUUUUUGUGUUGCUAGACAUGGGAGUAAAUGUUGGGAUGACCUUUUGCUUUCAUUAUCUUAAGUGUUAAGUAUUAAAGAGUAGAAAGAAGAGAUGGAACAACUUUUCAGAUAUUUGAUUGCUUUAUGAGACAAUAUAUGAGAUCUGGGACACUUUGGGAUUAAUCAAUCCCUUUCCUUAAUCUCUGGGUGAGUGACUGAAAGAAGAUUAGGUGUUUUGAGAAACCCCAAAAGCCUUAUUCAGUGCUGCACUGUACAGAAGCAGCCUUACUUUCCAGGUCAUAACUCAGUCUUCCUGUCAGAGGGACAGCUGGCAGUGAGGUGAAAGCUGGAUGUGAUCUGUGGGAAUAAUGCUGAGUACAUGAAAUUGUAGUGUUACAUGGCAUUGUGUGAAAAUAUUAUUAAAGGAUGUGGCUGCAGAGGCAGGAACUUAGAUCUAGAUCUUGCCUUUCAUGAUGUUAGGUUUUGAAUACAUUUCUCAAAGGCAUACUGUCUCAGAGCUAAACACUCUGUGAAAAUAAUCAAAAGUGCUUUCUGCUUUAGCUUUGCUUCACUUCCUCCAAAAAACCACUUCUCCCUUCCUUUGAUAAGGUCAGAUUCAGCUCAUUACUACUCGUGUCUGUGGGUGGCUCAGUGGCUACCAAUGCUGCUGCAGCUACUGAAAAGCUUGCUAGCAAGAAGUGCUUUUGGUUACCAAGGCUGGGGAAGGAGAUUGUCAUCUGCUUUUCUCAUGAGUGCUGGGUUUGUCUCUAUGAAGUCUCUACAACGCUGCUAAAGACUAGUUUGCUCAACAAGGAGGAGCUGGCUGUGCUACAAGUGCUGCACAUGAACAGCUGAGCCCUGAGACUGAAAAAUGCCAAAAUGAUUAAGUUCCAGAAUUGACAAAGACAGUUUUAGACUACAUCGACUUGAUAAAACCUGUUUUUCUUCCAGAGAAGGAGGUGGGAUGGAGAUAAGAAGUAUGUAUCAGGAGCUUCUUGAUCAAAAAGGAUCAUCUUUGUAUCACACUGACUGCUGCUCCCCUGAAGCACAUGCAUUUCAGACCACUGAUACAAGAACCUCCUCAAAUAAGGAAGGGUUCUAGCCAGAGCUAGAAAUCUGAGUGAGCUCCUGGGAUAGUGCCAAUCUCACCCUUCCCCGCUUCAAAUCUGGCUUCUGUCUAGUUGGUAAGAGUUACCUCCAUGCCUGCCCUGGAUCAAAUAGGCAAGACAGGGACAGGCAAACCACUUUUGAGCUACACUUUUCCUCAUUUCCAGCCAGCUGAAGCUGCACUAAGAAAAAGCAUUAACUACAGCACAGCAUUUGAUUCUCUGUCAGGAGGCUGCCUACACAGCAGCUGUGGUGGUUGUAACAGCAGCAUGAGAAGGAGGAAAUGAAAAAGCAAGGAUCACUCUGAUCACCAUCAUUAUUGCUACUGAGCUGGAGAACCUGCUGAUGACCUCAGCAGUGGCCCUUAACCCAACACAUUGAAAGCUGAAAGGCUGAAUGACAUUAUUUUUGGCCACAGGAAUGGUCAGGGGAGACUGAUUUGCAUAUUAUUUGCUCAUUGCUGAAGUUUGCAACAGGGAAGUAUUCCUCUUGUUAGUAGAUUGGGAGAGAUACCUAUAAUCAAUUACACAUUGCAACUUUCUGCUGUGUUUUUCUUUUGAUGCCAGAAAAAGACAUGUUUCUUCCUAUAAGUGUAUUUUAAAGUCUGUAAGACAAUACUGUUGAUCAUAAAAUACACUGAUAAACAUAUGACCAUACACAUCUGGCCAUGUUUAUAAAUAUACCCCAUGUGUCUGUGUGUAUCUAUAUAUCUGUGUGCAUGCACAGAAAUGCACACACAUGCUUCAUUAUUUACUAUCACGCUGACAGCUAAUUCAGUUAAUAAAAAAUGCACAACUUCUGCACUUGUGCCUUUGCCAAAGGAGAAUCUCUUCAGCAUAGGUUACUUACUCUCUGUGUAUUUUCACAGUAAUUAUUAUUUUUACAUUUGAGUGCCUGUUUAAGGGGAAGCAGCACUGUAUUGUCUGAAUCAAAAGCAGCAUUAAUGGAUUUCAUGAAUGACUAGGGACAGAACACUGUUCUGUUUGGGGAAAUUAGAGACUGAUACAGACCUGACAGUUCCUGGAGGAAGUGCUGCCAUUUUACGAGGAAAGAAAGAAGAAAAACUAAGUGUCUUAAAGCCAACUGUUGUGGACUUCCCCUUUUUUUCUUUUUUUUUUUUUUUUCUUUUUUUUUCUUGGAAGUACCCAGUGCUAUGCUCUGACCUGAUGCUAGAUCAAAUUCACCCAAAUCGGUCACUAUUAUCCCGAACAUUUUAUUUACUGCAAUCUCUUUGACAAUCAAUGCCCCGAGGGAAAGAUAAAACAAUCUUGGUGUCCUACAUCCCAUUAAUUCUUUUAAUAAAAUGGGUAUUCAUGUUAAAGACCGCAUAAAAGAUAAUGAAAGUUCCACAUCAGCAAUUGCCAAUGAUUUUUAGUACACUGCCUUUUGCCAUCAAUGCUUUCAACUCUCUUUGUGAAGAGCUUUGAGAUUCUUGAACAUGUAAGGUGCUUCACAUCUCUGUAUUUCUUUCUGAGUGACAGUGCUGCUGUAUAGUUAGAUAAGACAAGUCAGCCUCCCAGUGAACAUAGAAUUUAAGGCAGGAUCUUAUCUUCAGGUGAAAUGGAUUACAACACUGGACCACAAUGUGGAUGACAGGUAGGGACGACGCACAGGGGAAGCAUGUGUAUGGCUGAAAAGAUGAAAACCUCUUUCAAAGAAAUUGUAAAAUAGAAGAAUUUGAUGGGUCCUUUUACUCUCUUACAAUCUGAGAAGCAUGUAGACAUGAACCCUCAUGGCCACAGUAAAUAACUAAGAGUAUGAGAGGUUGAUUCCUAUCCAGCUACAUUCACAGUAUCAUCACUGCCAUUGUUUUCUAAGGAAACACUCCCCUAGCAAAUUAGAAAUGUGAUUGUGCAUAUUCUAGUCUAAUGCCAGAAAAGUUCAGUGCAGAUGUACCUAGGGUAUUACCUGGGCUUUGGCUCAGGCCCCUGCUACCUUCUUGAAGAGGUCUUUAAAUGCCAUCAUUGACGAACUUAGUAGCACAAACAGAAAGUGCAGCUAAAAAUAUUCUUCCCCUGCUUUUCCUUAUGUGACUGUGACUUUACAAAAAUGUUUUCAUAUUUUAAAGAAUCUCUCUCUCAUCUGUCUUCAAGCAAGACACCCACAGAAACAACAGAAGAGAGAUAUUAUGCAGAGAAAACAGUGAAACUCAUAAAAUAUUCUAGCAAAGACAAGUACUGAGUGUGCUUAGGAGUGAGAGAAAGAUUACAGUUAAGCUGUUUUUCAUGCAGGUGUUUGUAAAGAAUAGUAGAUGUGAUUUUAAAUUGCUAGGAUCCUUCCAAUUAUCCUUUUGACACUGUUUCUGAAAAGCAUUGCUUCAGUGCUCUGAAGUGAUACUACUGGAGUUAAAGCUAUCAUUAAAUAUGGAGUGAAGCUGCUGAAGGCAGAAGUUCCUACUAAUAUACUGACCUACUAGGUUUGCCAGUUGGCUCUUUUUGUUAGACAUAAUUUUUUUAUACUUUCAGUAAUUUCUGUAAAUAACUAUGAUUCUAUGAUUAAUGCCCUCAUGCAGCUUUAAAUUGUUUUCAGAAGUGUAUGCACUCAAUUACAUUUGUUUUUUAAUUACGUUUGUUUUCUAAGUAUCAUGAAAGGUAAUUCCUCCUCUGUUUCUGCUUCAAGUCUUAAUCUUACAUUAAAAUGAAAACUCCUCUCAGUACAAAAGAGCUCACAGAAUCAGAUUGCUGAGCACAUUCCAGGGUACUUGGCACAGUUAUUGGGUCCUGCAUAAAAUGCAUGCCAGGAUGUGUUUCUCUCCAAAACAGACACAAAGGGCUCCAAAGGGAAGCACUCCUGCUUGCUGGCAGAACUGGACUAUAAGGAGCACUGUGUAGGCUGUUUAAACCCACUGUUCCAUUAGACAGCAUCAAUUUUUGAUGCAUGGUAUCCUGCCUACACUUGUCAUUUUCUAGCUCACUUCAGCAGCUGCUGCCUCCAGUAUGAUUUCACAGCCAAGGUACACUUCUUAUCCCAGCUCUUAUAAUGUAAAAGAAAAUGGAGACAGACGUUGUAACUGGGCCUGCAGCUACAGGAACUACCAGAAUGGGUGACAAGUUAAAUUUGCUUUUUCACUCAGUGUGCAAACAAGAAGUACAGAAAUUCUCUGCUUCCACACUGCCUCCCUCUUCUCCUCCCUCAGCAUUGUAUAGUUCCUUAAAAAGUAAGCUGAACUUGACUGAGAUCAGAGCAUUUUCAUAUUUAUAGUUUACUUUGAAUACAUAGUCAUUGUUUACUUUGGCUGAACACCAGGUAUCUAGUGGGCCUGCGCCCAGUCCCCCCAGAGGGAAGGGGAGGGGGGAAGAGGGAAGAAGAAGGAAAAAAAAACCCUACCGAACUGAAGCUGCUAAGAAAGGGUGUUUAUGUUUACACAAAGAGGGAAGACACUAUAAACACUAUACACACAGAGAAGAACUAAAAAUAAAGACACUUCCCCACAACCGAUGCUCUUCUCCCCCGAAGGAACGGCCCGACCGCUCCGCUCAGCUACCUGGAAGAGAAGGGGCCACUUGCUUCCUUCCUGUCUAUUUUAUAUCUGAGCUGACAUAACAUGGUAUGGAAUACCUUAUUGGUAAAAUACACAUCAAAUGACCUCUCCUAUUUCCAUUUCCUUCUCAGGGAGAGUAACAAACCCAUUACACUCAUCACAUGUUACUCUGGGAGAUGCAGGCCAAAUUUCAAAAGUGUCAUCGAUGAUUACUGAGAAGCAUUUCAUUUGGGAGUGUGGAAAAAGCUGCCUUCAUUAUUUUCAAAUUUGUCCCACUGUGUAUCAGUACAGAAUGGGAAAUGCAGUUGGGCACAGAGGGGCACUUCAGCCAGGUGAAUAUGAUAAAUGCUCUCCAGGGCAGCUUUUGGCUCAGCUUCCCUGAAAGUGGGUAAGACCCAGUGCACCUCACUCAGCUUGCUGUAUCAUACUCUCAUGGGGCAGGUACCUGAGCCACCAUUCAGCUGUCCAGUAUCAGUCUUAGGUCUUUCAAUACAAUCUGAUGUGCAUUGUCUAUUUUGUCUGCCUCUUAGUUUCACUGUUGCUGUCUUUUGUAAUAAAGAGGAGAAUUCAUUACUGUGAAAGCCAAAAUUACAACAUUUGAGAUAAAUUAGGAAAGACCUAACUAACCUCCUCUUUUUUCUGACACUGUUCUCUUUAGUUUCAGGUAUUGCCAUGCGAAAUAACAUCACUAUUGGAUGAAAGAAGACACAUUGUACACCACAGAAGAAAGCAUCUCCAUUUCCAGUUUGAGGAGCUAUG